UUCGUCUCUAUAAAGGAUGAUUCUCUGCAGCGGAGUCUUGCAGCUCUUUUGUCCCCAGAUGGGCGCGGUCUAAGCGGGCAGGGCAGGGCCGGGCCGGGCAGGACAAGGUGCGCUUUUAUUACCUCUGAUCACACCGACAGCAGACCGACCGACAGACUUCCCUGUUGGAUGCAGUCGAGCCGUCCUGACGGUUAAAAGAAAUGACGAGCGCGGAUCCUCUAAAGUCGGCCAUUUCCAUCGGGAAUGUGGACGACACGUCUCUGGCUCUGCCGUCCGGGAACCAGUACCGGACCGGACAGCAGCGGGUCCUGGAGCAGGUCCAGACCAUCAAGAGGACCAAGUCCAGACAGCCCAGCAGGAGCGGAUCCACCUCACUGUCCCCGACAAGCCCUUCCUACGACUCCGUGUUCAUAGACGGUCUGAAGUCACACUCCAGUCCUCCGAAUGUCUUUGGAAACGGCUUCUCUCAAAGUUUCGGCUUUGAGAAAAACACCAACCGCCAAACCACCUCCAAAGGACCCACGGCGAAGAGGAGCACGGCGGCGUCGGCCUUCCAGUACGAGAGGGGCUACGUCAACUCCAUGGCGGCCGCUCGGACCAGCACCAGCCGCAGCGAGCCGGACCUGGCCUGGAUUCGCUCGGUGCCCAAACGCUCGGCGACCCAGCAGAGAAACGUCUCCACCAAGAACACCUACAUGACCCAGAGGAGCACCAGUCAGUUCAUGACGCCGCCCAAGCUUCAGCCUCCGCCUCUGAAAAUCCCAAACGGUCAGAGCAAAGCAAACGGCCAGUUCAUAUGCAGCCAGAUCGACACGUCCAAAGCCGAGGCCACAACCAAGAGCAAAGCGGAUUCUGGGUCCAACGGAACCAGUGGAGUUUCUGAUCUCAGCAUGAAGGAGGCUGUGGAGUUUCUGUCCAGUGAGGAGGAGUCGUACCAACACUGUGGAGCUUCCUACAUCCAGCACAACGCUUACAUCGACGACAGAGCUAAAGACGAGGUGCUGAAGUUCAACGGCGUCCUCCCUCUGGUCAACCUCCUCCGCAGCAGCAGCGAACAGGUCAGCCGCACGGCCUCGGCUGCCCUCCGCAACCUGUCCUUCAAAAGCGACAAAAACAAGGAGGAGAUCCAGCGCUGCGACGGCAUCCCGGAGGCCGUGGCUCUGCUCAGAGACACGGACUCCGUAGAGAUCCACAAACAGCUGACAGGUCUCCUGUGGAACUUGUCCUCUGCAGAAGACCUGAAGCCAGACCUGGUGAAGACUGCCCUGCCCGUCUUAGUGGAGCGUGUGAUCCUGCCCUACGCCAACGGUUCGAACAGCACUAACGGCCAGUACCCCGACGUCUUCUUCAACGCCACAGGAUGUCUCAGAAACCUCAGCAGCGCAAAGCAAAGCAACAGACAGACGAUGAGAAAGUGCCGCGGUUUGAUCGACUCUUUGGUCAGUUACAUUAAAGACUGUGUGGAGGCAGGACGAGCAGACGACAAGUCGGUAGAAAACUGUGUCUGCAUCCUCCACAACCUGACGUUCCAGCUGGAGGCGGAGGCUCCCGCUCUGUUCAGCCGGAUCACGGCUCUGACUAAGGUUGUGAACCGGAGCCACAGCCAGAACAGCAGCGGCCCGGUCGGCUGCUUCAGUCCACAGAGCAGCAGAGCUUCUGAACAGGAGCAUCACUUUGACUACCCGGUUGUUGAGGAGCAGCAGCCGAGUGGAGCCGGCUGGUUGAUCCACUCCAAGACGCUGCAGAGCUACCUGUCUUUGAUCGGCUCCAGCAAGCGAGAAGAAACACAGGAAGCCUGCUGUGGAGCGCUGCAGAAUCUCACCGCGCAUGAAGGCAUUGUCUCCCAUGUAAUGAGUCAGACUAUUGUGCAGAAACUGAACGGCCUGCAGGUUCUCAGCCCUCUGGUAAAGACAAGGAAGGUCAACCUGCAGAGGAGCACGGUGGCUCUGAUUGGAAACUUGACCAAGAACCCAAACCUGCACAGUGCCAUCGGUCGUAAAGCGCUCCCAGAGCUGCUGGACCUCCUCAGCGAGGGAACCGCUGCAGGGAACGAGUCCGACGACAACCUGGCCAUGGCCUGCCAGACCGCCAGCCGCCUGGUUCUGAAGGAACCCGAGAUGACCAAGAGCUUGAUAAACAGCAACCUGAUAAAGUCGCUGAAUGAUCUCACCCGAAACAAAUAUUUCCCAAAAUCCAGCAAGACGGCAGCCCUGCUUCUCUUCAAACUCUGGUCAGACAAAGAUUUACAGAGCUUCCUGAAAAAGCAAGGGAUGAGUAAAUCAUCAUUCGUGAACGACACCACCAUGGCAGCACACAGGUCGCUCCAGGUCGUUGAUUAACGGCUUAAAGGACCUCUGAAAGCCUUAUUCUGAAGUAACUCGCCUGCAAGGUCUUCGCACAUCUACAGGACUGAGGCUGAGCAGCGACCUUUCCCAUUUCACGCUGAUUUUUUUUUACAGAUUUGUCUGCAUAAUUUCUGAAUAUAGCUUCCACCAACAUGUAAUUCCAUAGCCCUGCAUGUGCUGCAGGAACAAAGGUGAAGGUUGCGGGGUCAGAUGUUUGCUACAGAACUCAUAAAUGCACAUUUUUUUAAGUUGCUUUUCUGGUUUAACAGCUGUCAGAUGUCUUUUCAUGUAGCUUUAGCAUCGCUACCUGCAAUCUGGAACCAUGAGCUUGUUUUAAUAGAUGCUGAUGUAAGGGUUAGGAUUCUGUUUUGCACUGAUGUUUUAGUGUCAUGUAACAACUUUGUAAAGAUAGAUUUUGAUACUGUACAAUUAGCAUUCGUAGCAGAAUAUCGUUGAGGUUUGUGUAGGUGUUUUGUCCUAAACAGUGAUUUGUUUUACGUUUUGUUGGUGGCGUAUCCAUGUUUUCUCAUGUGUUUUUGUGCAAUCUUAUAAUGAUCUGUGUCGUCCCUAAUAAAACUGACAGAAAUCGAA